GCACUGUGGGCUUAACAUACGAUGAUGGUCCAAACUGCUCUCACACUGUGUUUUACAACUUCCUUAAGGAAAACAAUCAGAAAGCGACUAUGUUUUUUAUUGGAUCAAAUGUUGUUGCAUUUCUCUACGAAGCUCAGCGUGCUCUCACGGAUGGUCAUCAACAUGAACUAAACAAUGGAACUAUGUCUAAGGCUAUUGAAUGGUAUCCAAAGAUCAAAAACGCCUAUAAACAUGUUGUUCCCAUCGCCUCAUGCAUGAAUGUUACUCAGCCAUAUACUGAAUCAAACUACACCUAUCCAUCAUUUGCUGAAUACAUUAACAAAAAUUCAGCAUCCACCUCAAAAGCAA